CGGGCGGGGGGCGGGGCCGCGGCGCCUGCAGAACCUUGGACAGAAGCUUCGGCAGCGCCGCCACCGCCGCCGAGCGCCGGGAUCGCGGCGGCGGAGCCGCGGCGCGCACUGCGGAGGGCCCGGAGCGCAGGAGCCCCCGCCUGCCGGAUCCGAGGGGCCGCACGCGUCCUAGGAGCGCCCGCUUUGCUCCCCGGGGCGGCCACAGGCGCGGUGAGCUGGUGUUCCCCGCCGGCCGGCAGGCUGGGCGUGCAGCGGCACCAUGGGCACGGUGCUGUCCCUGUCCCCCAGCUACCGGAAGGCCGCGCUGUUUGAGGAUGGCGCGGCCACCGUGGGCCACUACACGGCCGUGCAGAACAGCAAGAACGCCAAGGACAAGAACCUGAAGCGGCACUCCAUCAUCUCCGUGCUCCCGUGGAAGAGGAUCGUGGCCGUGUCGGCCAAGAAGAAGAACUCCAAGAAGGUGCAGCCCAACAGCAGCUACCAGAACAACAUCACGCACCUCAACAAUGAGAACCUGAAGAAGUCGCUGUCGUGCGCCAACCUGUCCACGUUCGCCCAGCCCCCGCCGGCCCAGCCGCCCGCGCCCGCGGCCAGCCAGCUCCCGGGCUCCCAGACCGGGGGCUCCUCCUCCGUGAAGAAGGCCCCGCAUCCCGCCGUCAGCUCCGCGGGGACGCCCAAGCGGGUCAUCGUCCAGGCGUCCACCAGCGAGCUACUGCGCUGCCUGGGCGAGUUCCUGUGCCGCCGGUGCUACCGCCUGAAGCACCUGUCCCCCACGGACCCCGUGCUCUGGCUGCGCAGUGUGGACCGCUCGCUCCUGCUGCAGGGCUGGCAGGACCAGGGCUUCAUCACGCCGGCCAACGUGGUCUUCCUGUACAUGCUCUGCCGGGAUGUCAUCUCCUCCGAGGUGGGCUCGGACCACGAGCUCCAGGCCGUGCUGCUGACCUGCCUGUACCUCUCCUACUCCUACAUGGGCAACGAGAUCUCCUACCCCCUCAAGCCCUUCCUGGUGGAGAGCCGCAAGGAGGCCUUUUGGGACCGCUGCCUCUCCGUCAUCAACCUCAUGAGCUCCAAGAUGCUGCAGAUCAACGCCGACCCCCACUACUUCACACAGGUCUUCUCCGACCUCAAGAACGAGAGCAGCCAGGAGGACAAGAAGCGACUCCUCCUCGGGCUCGACCGGUGAGCCCCGGGGCCCACGCCGGGGGCUCGCGGGUUCCGUGCGUUUUUAAAAAUUUAUUAAACAGAAUCGGAGUUUUGUGUACAGUACGUGUCUAGCGAAGCCGCCGGGGCGCUCUCCCUUCCCACCGUCUCUCCUCCGGGUGCGUUUUUGGCCUCACCGGCACCUCUGGGUACUUUGGAGCUCACAGACCUUGUGCAAGACCCAGAAGAUGCGGCCAGAGCCGCCAGGCUGCUGGCCUCUCGCUCCGGGGAAUGCAAAGGACCGACCCGCCUCUGCUGCUGGUGCCCGGGCUGCCCUCUGCUCCCUGGACGGGUGCUGGAGAGGGGCCCCUGGUCAGGGGCUCCGGGGAGGAACUGGGGUUUGUGCUAGGUGGCUCUCUGCUGGCAGCCGUUUUGAGCCAUUCGUUCUCCCAGAGGCCAGCGGGGCGGCGAGCGGGGUUGUGGGGCGAGAUCCUCCGCGGCGUCAGCCAAGGUGGGGCGGAGAGCGGCGGCCGUAGUGCGGGGACUGCGUCUGGUCAUCUGGCCACACGAGGCCCUGGUUUACUUCUUUUUUAGGGAGAAGGGCUUCCUUUCAGUGGAGAAAUGCAACUCGCCCCAUCUGCACCCUUGUCCACUGCGCCCAGCUGUGUGGGCAGCGUUGGCCAAUAAGCUGGUUUGACUCAUUCGGUUCUCUCAUUUUGGGUCCUAGCUAAAGGGGUGGGGCAGAGCUGGGGCCGACUCCUCUCCUGGCUGAAUUUUUCACUUGAGUGACGCGGACCGGUCACCUGCGGUGUGUGCCAGGACGGCCACAGGUGCCCGUCAGCAGCAGCACGCGUCUUGGGCAGGUGGCAUCCACCCAGGUGCCCAGGCCUCUUGCUGGCGCCCACGACGUCCGUCUUGCUGAGCGCCGGGGCAGAAGGUGUCGGGGAUUGGGGGUUUAUGAUAGUGGCGUACUAGCCCCACCCCCAGCCCUGUUAAUUUCUGUUGCAAGAUGGCUCGGUCUUGCCCUGGAGACAGUAAGGGACGCGAGUGUGACUGCUGACUGUGCCCCGCUCACUCUCGGCCGCUGGGGCUGCUUCCCCCUUAGCCUGCUGGCUGCGGGAACACAUGGUGUGUGCCUCACGGCUGCUUUCCCCUGCUGGCCUGACCCCGGGAGAGGGGCAAGAGAAGGGAGCGGGUCUUCCUCCGUGGCCUGUCGCUCCGGCUUCGGAGAACAAAGAGCGGCGGGCAGAUGCCGGGAGGAUCUGCCCAGUCCCGGCCGCUGGGAGGAUGGAGCUGGGGGCCGUUUUACAUAGGAGUGGGUCCUAGGGGCUGCCGACUUCAGCACAAGCACUACUGAGACUCUUGUGAAACAGAAAGCUGUGAAAUUGAGGUCCUGGUUGGCGAGGCCUGGAGCAGCACCUGCCGGCCCCCAGCUCCCGGAGGUGGGCAGCUGCACCCCCGGGACCCACGCCGAGCUGGCCCUGGGCCUGUGUGCACACACCCGGGGCCGGCGGGGCCCUGUGGCUGCUGGCACAGACACCCCCCAGCCCCGGCGUCUCUCCUCUGCUGUAGUUUCCACACAGCCUGCCUUCAGCCUGCGCCGCGCACCACCUGAGGGGCAGCUGGCCCCUGGCGGCAUGGGGGAGGGGCAGAGCACACACCCAGCUGGCUGAAGGGACUUGCGUCUGUGCCGUCGAGUCAGGUCCACGGGCUUCCGGUUCUGUGUCUGUUUCCUUCUCUCUAUUUAUUACGUCUCUGGAGGAGGUGCACGUUUCGGGAGUGGCCGGACACCAUGGAGGCGGCCGCGGCCCUCGGUAUUGUGAAGGAGCAGCUGGCACGCUGGAGUGUGCACGCCAGGACCCCGUUUGACAUGCUGCUAUGAAGACUACUUUUAGAACAAUGAAAAAAACUGACUUCAAAAAAAGAAAAAAACCCUUUAUUCUUUAAUCGUUGCUUUUACAGUGAUAUUGUGCAUGCAAGCCAGGAGCAUUUUGUGUCUUAAGAAAAAUGAUCUUAGAACAGAUGGCUGUGAGAACUCCCCCACGCACAGACCCAGCCGCAGGAAUAGUUCAGGAUCUGGUUUUCCUCUUUUUCUUGUAAACCUGAAGAGUUGAUAUAUUCUUUCCAUGCAGUUAUUAGAAUUUAGUUUUGUUCCAACAAUUGUUCAACUUGCAAUGAAAAGAAAACGUGCCAUUUUUCCCACUUGGAACUGUUCAUAGCUGUAUAAUUGAAACUGCUAAUUACACACGUGUGAUGGAUGUUGGUUUUUUAGUGCAAUUUCUUCUGUAGCUAUUCUUUGACCAAACUGUGGGUAUUGUUAAUAUUAAUUUAUAUUUGUCUCAUUUUGUAUGUAUGUACCGCGUGUUUGUGAGUAUGUGUGGUUUAUAAUCCGACAAAGUCAUGAGGCUCAGUGUGGCUGUAAUUUAAUUCCCCUUCCCUUAUUUUUAUUUAUUUUUGUACUGUGCUGAUUCAAUAAAACGCACUGACCAUCCAUCA